UGAAUGUUCUGUUCUUCUGAUUUUACCCCUAACCCCGGAGUGUUCAGAAGAUAUAUUUGCACUACGCAUGAAAGGCAAAUGGAUUAAAUUUUAAGGUUCAAGGCGGUUUUAAAGCAUGGGUUACCAGUGGAUUAGUCAGACUUGUCAUAAGGUGCAUUGAACAGAAAAUUACAGGCAUGAUAUCUCUGCUAUUGUAUGUCCAUGAAGUGAUUUUCCAUCAAACAUUAUUUUUUUACUUUUUUACCCCAAAAUUUUUUUUCGUUCAAUUCUUAUCUAUGAGAUGUAAACUUAGUUAAAUUUCUGUAAUUUGUUGUUAAAUGCAAAUCUGCAAAUAACUAAGUAUUUAAUUUUGCGUAAAAGCUACAUGAAAUUGUACUGUUUAGCCGUAAAUCAUUAAAAAGAGAAAGCAUCAUGCUUUCUCUUUUCAAGAUCUAGCAGGACUUAAGCAAUGGCAUUGCUUAAGUCCUAGUAGUUCUUCUCCAUGUCUGCUAAGGGGGAAAUAGUUUGCUCUUUUCAAGAAAUUGUUCUUGCCCAUUGCGGUUUCAAACCAAGGAUAGCAGCAAGUCUGUCGUGGUCAUAUACUGCUACUUCAGUGCAAACGAAGCAUAGGCGCACAAGUCAGCGCUUGCGUUUAGUCAGGUGCCGAAAAUGAAGUGGAAACUUAACCCUAAGGGCGUCCAUGUUCGCUCCGGCUCGAAAAGGUAGAAUCAGUUGUGCAGUAAAAAGUAAUGCGAAAAACCUGCGGGGGCUGGGGAAAGAAAGGCGUCUUAUUUUUCUUUGGCUUGUUCUAUUUUCGCGACGUGCUACAGGUUACGAAAUACUGACAAGCUCAAUAUAUGUCUUCACCACCGAGAGUCACUUGCCCUUAGCCAGACACGCCCCUCACGUAUCAUGUUUCGUUCAUAAAGUUAUUUCAAAGCACAGAACCAAACCUAAUCAGCGGCCGAAGGCAGAAAAGGGGAUGAGCAAACGGAUGUCACAGCAUAUUUUGCAAGAAACCGGUAUCCUUGUGCCUAUCGGCUCAGGAACGAUUGAUUACUACUAGAAUAAAUACCAGGGUCAGAAUUUGAGUGCUACAAUGGGAGGGAAGGAAGAAAAGAAAACCGCCGCGCGCACCUGUAAAGUCGUUUAUAAACUUUCUCGUCCUGACGGUCUCAAAGAAGGGCGUUGUGGCUGCUAUUUAAUUUACAGUGUCUGUUGCAGGAGUCGAAUUAAUCCUACAGCAACUGGAAACGUGGCCACCCCUGCUGAAACUGAGAUUGCUUGUAGGAUAUUCGGCUAUAGUUUGGUAUAUUCACGAGCGCGUUUUGUCCAGUGAACUGAGCGCGUAGUUUUUCUUAACGAAGGGAUGGGGUGGGUCAAGUGAAUAUUUCGGGGAACGUUUGCUCUCUUUAGUGAGUGGGGGGGGUAUAUUUGUUGAUAUCAGGAGUUCUGGCCUGGAUAGAGUCGUUGUAAAGCUAUUUUUGCUUCGGGGUAUCGGUUUCCCGGAAGCUGAGCAAGGAAAAUUCAGUGGUGCAUUUAUGGAAUAUUAAUAGAGAUUCUCAUGGUCUAACAGUGCGAAGAUUAGACUUCUGGUAAGGUGGCAACGAUCAAGGCCCGCAUUAUAAUUCAUGAUAAUUGAAGGUCAUGAUGUGGAAAAAGCGACUGAAAUGGUGGAUGCCAUGCAAUCCUCUCGGGUGGGGGCGGGGCACCUGGCCUUAACGGUUGCCCCUUCGACAGAAGGCAAGCAUGCCCAGAUUGUCCACGGGUUGCUAAAUGAGACCGUCCCUUUCUUAGUACCCGUUCCCUGUCUUUUUAUUAGACCCGGGCAAAUUUCUCGAGAUUGCACCAUCAUUUUGGGCUUUUAAGCUUCCAAAGUCCAACAAUAAUAGCGCAUGUUCGCGACGGUUUUUUAAGUCAGUCAAGUUCUGAAACCAGGCCUUAAACGGCCAGUUUUAAGUAUCGAUAACAGUUAAAAAGGCAUACAAGCCCCAUGCGAAAGACAGUGGGAAGGAAGUACACAUCGGUGAUGGGGAAAAAGGACUAGCCCACAGUUAUUUAGGGGUGGAUCUUUCGAAACAUUCUUAUACUCUUGGACAGAUAUGCAUUGUUUAAAGUUUUAGACAAACCAGGUGUAAAUUUAUAGUAACAAACUGAUAAAUAUACAUCAGCAAGAUUUUUGCGAAUCCUAUUUUUCGCUGGAGACUAUCGUUUACUGGCUGGUCACGCAAUCAAAGGUAACGUACUUUCCCACGUUUGUUUACUGACCUUUCGCUCGGCAAUACACUGCGUUCGACAAAGGAUCCAAAUUACGCUGGAAAUGUUUUGCUAUUCGGCCCACUUUUUAUCUCAGGUAAGGCAUUGCAAAGCUGAUUCACUUACGAAGAUUCGAGGGAGAAUUAUUUCUUGAUGUUAUUCUGAUUUCGCAGUCACGGGAAAACAGACCUAGACUCAGGUCCACUCGCAGACGCCAUGCUGCAAUCUUCAAGAUCUCAAGAACAGAAAUUACCCAUUGAACGGCCUCUCCUUUGAGGAUUGCGUGUAUUUCAUUAAAACAGGUACAUAUUAAAAGAAUCUUGUUAGUUUCUCCCUUUUAACGAGCUCAAAUCGAUGCAUAAAACUAAGGUGACGUGCACGUGUCAAUUGACCCUGGGGUCAAUUAGCAGUUGUUUGGGGCAAAAUAACUUCAAAAUAAUCAAUCUAUUUUACAAGCGUUCGCAAGAACACCAGACUAACUUUCAGAUAAUGUUGAAGUACUAUAUCUCAUUAGUUAGUAAGCGGGAUUUGGGGUGAUUUGGAGAAUUCCCCCAUAUAGAAAAUUCGAUUUUGGUUUUAGCGGUAAAUUGUUGUAUUUAUAAGCAUUAUGCAAAUUACGUUUCAAAAUUCUGCUGGUUCGUCGAUAUUUUAUACUCUAAAUCUAAAAAAGAAGCCAUUCAGAAAUUGUUAGAUAUCUGCUUUUUGAGAUUUAAGUGGAAGAUUGGCAAUAUAUUCGCUCAUUUAUGAAAGUCAGCUCAUUUCUGUCGCUAGGCUAUAUUGCCUUGUUCGGUGGCUAAUUUUAGGCCCGCAGAUCGUUGAAAUCGAAAAUCUCAAAUAAUUCCCAAACUCGGCCGCAUUUUGAAAUUUAAACCUCAGCAUUGUUAUAAACUCAUUAAAACCUUAUUACGGACUGAAAAUGAGAGUAAGUUAGGUUUUGAGCUGUGGCCACGAUUUGCCGAUUUUGCUCGAUUUUCCUGUGCAUUCGCUCUUAAGACUGAAGCCGUAACUAAGAAUAUCGAUUUACACUUAAACCCUCCCUCGGUACCAGAGGAUUUUUUUCUCGCGACGGUGGGAUGUUUCGGUGUCGGCAGCAGGCCAACGGCCGAAGGCCGAAGCUACGAAUAGGGCAACUUAGUAAACCCGGUCUUGUGGUCAACUUUCGAUUCAGGUCACAAGUGAUCAAAGGAUAGUAGUUUUAGUUUUCUUUUGAGUCAAACUAAAGUAGCCUACGAAAACAGCCUUUUCUCAUCGCUCCUGGCUGCUAGGGACCCACUGCGGUCAAAUAUUUCUGCUCCUGUGACUAAACUCAUUGUGGUACUGCUGAAUGGAUUCUUUCGCAGGUCAGGUCUUAACCUACGAGAAUAUCAAGGAAGUUAUCAAGUUCUGUGCGAGAGAAAAAUUGGUUUUAUUUGCCGAUGAGGUGUACCAAGAGACAGUGUUUACUAACGAGGUCCAGUUUCACUCGUGCAGGAAAGUUGUGAGGGACCUGGGACCUGAAUACGACAAAUUCCAAUUGAUGUCAAUAAAUUCUGCCUCGAAAGGGUUUUAUGGCGAGUAAGUCAUAAUAUCACAUGCAUUAUAUAAUGAUAAACGAAGGUGGAGCACCUGUCACGACAAAAGAGAAGACACUUCUAAUGCAUUGCGUUAUUAUCACAAGGCAAAUUUGUCUUGACUUUUCUGAAACCAACAUCGGUGAAAGAAGAUGCUCAAUCAUAAUGCGAAUUUGGAGUGAAAUGUCGUAAUUUACUUUAUAACCCUGGUAUCAGCAUACAUUUUCUCCUCUCUGAUCUCCAUGCAUUUCCUACGAUACCGCGGUUAACAAUCAAGACCUUUUUCACUUCUUGAUCAUUUUUUUUUCUCACGACAUUGUGGGUUGAUUGACUGAGCAAGGUUACUGAGUUAGGAGAAAUUGAAUGUUGAUCACUCUUAGGGGUUAAAGGUUUGUUAGACUGGUUUUCAGUAAUUUAGUAAAAAGAAAAAAAGGCAUUUAUUUGAAAAAGGAGCUUUAGUUAGUAACACUCUACCCAAAUGUAAUACUAAUUGAUUUGUAUCGAUUCAAUUAAUAAUUAAUUGAUCGAUAGUUUAUGAUCAUAAGAACGUCUAGUGCGCGGACACCUUUUGAUUAUUUGUUAUUCUUAUUAUUUACUAUUGAUGUUCGUCUCUUUCAGGUGCGGUUUAAGGGGUGCUUACUUAGAGAUUGUAGGGUUUAGCAAAGAGGUUUUAGCCCAGUUUAGGAGCUAUCUAUCUUCACCGCACAUCGCACCGUCAACUAUUGGGCAGGUAUUUUAUAUAUAAAGUCGGUAUAAAACAUAAAACGGGCUUGGAUCACUUCGAGGAGCUAAAAUGAAGUUGAGCUAAUUGCUUUGCUUUUAAAGGAAUUUUUAACUCCUUUCAAUGAAUAGCUUUUUAGUUGUGUCACUAAAGAUUCUUAAAAAGACGGUUUUAUGGAGAUAGCACAUGCUAAGCUUUUAAUUGUACUAUCCUCUGGUUAAUGCGAAUCACAGUGAUACGUCUGAGUAGUGACAUAGGAAAAGCGAAAGUGUUUUACUGAAGGUUUGAUUGUCAGUCGUUUGAGGGAGUCUAGUUUACAUCCACUUUCGUACCCAGAGUCCUCGAGCUCUUUGGCCAGCGGGUGGACGCCAGGAAACCGCUGGCCAAAGAGCCCGCGUACUCUGGGUCGAACAUUCUGUUGGCAGCUAGUGCGAGAGGAAAGGAAGACGCACAAAGGAUUCCUAUAAUCGAGUCUAACUUCCAAGUGCCCUUAUUAAGCCUCUUUAUCGAAUAUAUUUAUUAUAUAUCUAGACGGAUCUUUGAAAACGUUACCGCCGUUUCCCGUUCGACUGUUUUUUUUGGCCAAAAAAAAUUAUAAAAACUAAGAGUGCAACCAUUGCUUUUUCCUCUUCUCCUCGCUCUCUCUUUUUCUCCUUUCCUUUUCUUUCGUUACUGAGAUCUUGGAGCUUCUUGGGCUUAAGAAACCUGCCUUUUGACGCCUUUUCACACAAAUGACUGCAAAUUUUGUUAGGUUGGUUCUUAAAAAAUCGGUUCACAUCAGUAUGACAUGAUUAUAGUUUCAGUGCAGUACUUUAAAUCAGAGGCUGAUUAGGGUGAUUAAGAAACUGGGCCUAUUGUUUUGUAACGUGUUGUGCCAGCUGACUUUGUUUUGUGAUUUUAUCAUCCGAAGGCUGCUGUUGGUGCAAUUUGCAAUCCUCCUCAGCCUGGUGACGAGUCAUACGAGACUUUUAUCAAGGUACGUAUAUAAGCAAAGGAUCCCAGCGUGCUCUCUACCUAUUUCGGUGGUAAUUGUUUCCGGUCUGUGUAACUAAAACAUGAAUUUUACAUGGACUAUUUAAACUAGGGGGCCAAAGACCAGCUAGAUCAGGAACAACUAAAUCAAAGACAGGCGCGUACUGCUUUAUACACUUCCUAUAUGUUGUAACUGCUACGAAACCAAUUGUGGAACCAAUUGUGGAAUUGCAAAAAGUUUUAGGCAUCCUUCUGAUGAACAGUUACGACUUUUAGAUAUUUCAAGCAACAACAAUUUUCCAUCUGUCCUCUUUGAGUUAUUAUCGUAUUUAGCUGCGUGUAGCCUGUUCCAGCCUUUCAGUUAGUCGGAAAGACAGAGGAAAAAAGAUUGGAGAAAAAAGUGCCCCGCUUUCCCCUCCCUCUUUCUCUUUUUUUCCACCAACUGAGAGCCAAGAAACUUUAGCAACUUUUCCAGUUCCUUUCAAUUCGUCUGACUUUACUGGCGAAAGUUAAGGCAUAAUGUAUACUUCACGUCAAGGAAAGAACAGGAAAAAUUGUAUUUUAUCCUAUUUUGACCUUGAAAUGAAAACUCGCGAACAAAACAGAAACAACAAACGAACUGAAAUAGAGCGAAUUGAUUGGUUUAUCGAACGGAUACAAACGCGUUCGGCUUUUGGUUGGUUGGUUAAAGGACAGCAUAGCGAGGCUCAAGGUAUUGUAAAUGAGGUAGUAAAUUGGUCAAUCAGAAACAGAGUCAAGUUAAACACAGACAAAUGCAAGGAGCUCCGCAUUAGUUUUACAUCAGAUUGUUACUUUGCUCCAGUAGUCAUAGGAGAGGAGUGCAUCAAAUUAGUUAAGGAUGCUAAACUUUUAGGUGUUACUAUCUCUGGUGAUUUAACAUGGAAUGCGCAAAUCUCGGAAGUUACUAAGAAGGCAGCUAAGAGGCUCUAUUUUCUUGUUCAGCUAAAAAGAGCUCGUGUUCCACAGAAAGAUUUAUGCCUUUUUUACAUUACAUGCGUGCCUCCGUCAUUGACUAUGCUGCGCCAGUUUUCCAUCACGCGCUACCAGCCUGCCUUUCUCAAGAAUUAGAACGCGUCCAGAAAAGAGCAACGCGAAUCAUAUGCCCUGGUAUAGAAUAUCAGUAAGCUUUAGCGUUUAUGAGUUUACCAACGGUUGCGGAGCAUCACCACAGCAUUUGCACGCGCACGUUUGAAUGCAUAAUGAGCGACUCGAACCACAAGUUAAGAAGGUUGUUGCCGCCUCUUUAUAAGAGCAACUAUAAUCUAAGGCACGCGCGCACUUUCGCUUUGCCGCGUUGCAAGACACAUAGAUUUAAGAACAGUUUUUUUAUGGCCUCAGGCAGAAUUGUAAAUAAUUUUUAAGCUUCUUAUUAAACGUUUUUAGUCUUAGCUAUUACAAUUAUUAGUAUAAAUUAUUACCAUGGGGGAUUAUGUAAAUACGCAAUUCAGCUUAUGCUGCAAUGUAUUUAAUAAAGUACCUACCUACCUACCUACCCACCUACCUAAGCGAACGCUCGGGUGAAAAAACUUCAUACCCAAGAACUUUCUAGAAAUCAAUCGAUAUAUAGAUCACUUUGACGUCAUGCUGCAACACGAUUGGCCAAUUGAACAAUGCCUUCUCCUUAUUAGGGUUUUCUUUGGCGGGAAAACGAACAGUCAAGGUCAUACGAAAAUCGCUCUAAUGAAAUUCUGUGUUUGCGAAAAAAUUGAGAAGUCGUCAACAAAUAAUCGAAUGAACUUUCCAGAGUCCACCCGUUACUAGGAGAUGGACUUGUGAGUUAGGGAAUGUUAUUUGACAGAGUCUAAGAAGUGGGACAGCAAAAUCUGUGGAGAACAACAGCAUCCCUGAAUGUUUUUAACUCAAGGCGCUCUGAGUGUCGAGAGUUAUAAUUGGACUGUGAGUCAGUACAAUGAUCCUGUUAAUCAUUACUCUAACAAUUUUUGCUUUCCGCAUGUAGGAGAAGAUGUCCAUUUUAGAUUCUUACCAAAGGAAAGCAAGGAUAACUACAACAAUGUUGAAUUCUCUUGAAGGAGUCUCGUGUAAUGCUGUAACUGGUUCACUGUAUGCAUUUCCAAAAAUUGUUCUACCACAAAAAGCCAUUGAAGAAGCUAUGGUAAGGCAUCAAAAGGGUCUGGUCAGCGUAUUAUACUAUGGUAUCUUUCCACCCUUUACCCAAAAGCCCACAACGAAAAUCUGGUUGCAUUCGGAGUCGUGUGUGGCCGAGCGGUUAACACCUCAACUUCGGAUCUGGAGACCCGGGGUUCAAGCCCCGCUCAUCGCGUUGUUUCCUUAGAAAAGAAACUUUACUCCACUUUGUUCACCCAAGGGUAUAAACGGGUACCGGCGACAUCACUGCUGAAGGGUAACCCUGCGAUGGACCUGCAUCCCAUCUAGGGGGGAGUAGCAAUACUCCUCGGCAUGCUUCACGCUAAGGGCCGGGAUAAGUUCCGGCCAUUCGGGCCUUUGGCUCGUGUGCGUCUUUACGUUUUCUACCACAACGAAAAUCUGCUUUUUUUCCAGCUUAAGAAAUGCACACCAGACGAGUUCUACUGUUGGCGGAUGCUAGAAGAAACUGGCAUAAGUCCUGUUCCAGGGAGUUCUUUCGGACAAAAAGAAGGAACGUAUCAUUUUAGGUCAGAGCUAACUGUUUCCAUUUAUGGUCCUUGUUUCUUUGUUAUAUUUAACAAUUAUUCCUCUCGCCCUCUGAUGGGCUCUAGCUGAGUCAAUAGCCCAUGAGGCGGUAUGGCGAAUGGGCUUUUGCCUCAGCUAGAGCCCAAGAGGGCGAAAGGAAUAAUUGUUUUAGUAAAAUGCAACCCGUUGGUGAAAAAAUAUUGAGGCAAAACAACUUUAGUUAGCAAAACGCGAUUCAGUCGCCAUUGGUAGUGGGCUAUAACAUAUAGCCUAGUAGUAGCUCAACCAAUCAGAACGCAGAAUUGAUUUAUAGACCACCAGUUGGAUUUUACUAAAUAUAUAUAUCUUUCUUGUGGGUUGAUGGGAGAAACUCAUCACUGACGAUGUGUGUCAGAGAAAUGCUAAGCAGGUUUCUUGAGAUACACCCUCUUUUAAAAAAACAACAAAAGUACUGAGACUUAACCAUGCUAAAACGGGCAACAAAAACGAGCAACUUGUUCUGAAACAUUGCUGCUAAAUGUGCAUGUAUUUAAAAGCAAUGUGCGAGAUGUGCGGUAUGCACCCUGGCAGAGUUUGUGCUUUUUUCCCAGUGGCGGAUCCAGAGGAGAGGCCCGGGGUGCCCGUGUCCCCCUUAUUUUUCGACCAAAAUGAGGCCCGAAGGGCCGAAAAAAAGUUUUUUGGAGACCGGGCCCCCCACUUAUCUCAGGGUCUGGAUGACCCGCUCCCGCCCCCCCUCUUUAUCUGAAGGUCUGGAUCAGUCACUGUUUCCUAUGAUAGAGAAGGCUUUCCUACAAAAACGGCGCACCUGCUCGGAAGGUUGUAGAGAUACCCUUCCUUAUGGAGAAACCUUGUGCCAGGUAGAAGGGUCACUCGCCUAUAUGCCCGAGCUACCCGGGGCAAGCAAACGUUCCCUACAUUUCCUUACAAAACUUGGCGAUCGAGCCGUUUACACCAGAAACAAAAAGUUGGCUCGGCAGGGUCACCUCCUAGCCGGGGUAACUUUACUCCAUAUACAGUGGAACCUCGAUAUUACGAACCUCUGUAUAACGAAGUCUUGGUUAUAUAUAGCGAUUAAUUUAACCCAGUAAUAGUAAAAUAUAUGGAAAAGAACCUUGAUAUAACGAAGCCUCAUUAUAGCGAACAAAUUUCGCCAGUCCCUUGGCCCUUUUUAAAAUCGAGUUUCCACUGUACAGGUAUUUCGAGGAGAAAGGUUGUCAAAAAAAGUGCACGCGACAAUCCCGACAGGCAUUGUGUGUGGUUUUGACCCUCCGUCCCUCUGUUCUUUUCUCCAUUAGUAUUUUAUAAAAAGUCCAUUUUUUUUCCUGGUUGGUUAUGCCAUUUUAAAGGAACUUUCAUACCUGUUUGGCGCCAAGUUCACCUGUCGAAAAUUCUACCGGUGACGUCAUGACAAUUGACCAAUAGAACAGUCACAGCAUAUGUCAAUCAUUUUUUUUUCCACGUGAAUUCAAAUGAUUCAAAUCCUUUCAGGCGACAAGUCGACCUUAAGACUUCGUCGCUCGCUCGGUCGCUGUGCGACCUCAUGCAUUGAACCUUGCUUCGUUCAUUUUCAAGAACUUAUGAGAAGUUGACUUGUAGCAAGUCUACUUCUCCAUAUAAACGGGGUAUUAUUAAAAUUAAGUAAAUGCGACAAAAACCGGAAUAAAACAGGGUCGUUUUAGUUUGAGAAUUUUUAUUUUUUUUUUUGCCGCAGGUUAACCAUCUUGCCAUCUGAGGAAAAGGUAGUUCCCAUGUUCGACAGAAUUAGCAAGUUUCAUAAGGAAUUUAUGGACAAAUACAGAAAUAACAAUGAUAAUAGGAACUAA